UUCUAUACUUUCCUUCUAUUUUCAGAAGACAGAGCCUCAUAUACCCUUUCAUCAGCACAACCAUAACACAAACAAACAUUCCAAACACCAUCAUCAUGCAAUUAGAUUCAACCCUGUCACUAAUAUUACUACAACUUCUUUUACCUUUUUCAUGCAUACGAGUAAAUGAUGCAAAACCAAUCACCACCAUCAACGUGUGGCCCAAACCAAGGAACCUCACGUGGACCCCACCAUAUGAAGCCACCCUCAUUUCCUCCACAUUCACCAUCUCAACCACCCCUCCCCACCCCAACAAACACCUCUCCGCCGCCAUCACCCGCUACCAAAACCUCGUAAAAACCGAACACUACCAUCCAUUGGUCCCCCCAAGGGUCAACCUCUCCACCGACCACCCACCACUGAAAUAUCUUACCCUUAUCAUUACUAAUCCGAAUGCAGAACUCGUCCAUGAAGUGGACGAAUCCUACGCUCUCUCUAUCCUUUCUACUUCUGCCACUCUCACUGCAACGACUGCGUGGGGGGCCAUGCGAGGCUUGGAGACAUUCUCCCAGAUUACGUGGGGUAGCCCCACGCAUGUUGCAGUGGGGGUGCACGUGUGGGAUUCUCCGCUCUAUGUCCACCGUGGUCUCAUGGUGGACACAGCGAGGAAUUAUUACCCUGUGAAGGACUUGUUGAGGACAGUGGAAGCCAUGAGUAUGAACAAACUGAAUGUGUUACACUUGCAUCUCACAGAUGCAGAAUCUUUUCCCCUUGUACUGCCUUCGGAGCCUACUUUGGCUAACAAAGGGGCUUAUGCCCCUCACAUGGUGUACUCGCCCGAGGAUGUCAAAACAAUUGUAGAAUUUGGUCUUGAUCAUGGGGUUCGUGUUGUGCCUGAGAUUGACACACCUGGGCAUACAGGAUCUUGGGCUUUAGCCUACCCUGACAUUGUAACUUGUGCUAACAUGUUCUGGUGGCCAGCUGAAAGUGAUUGGCCUGAUCGGGUUGCUUCACAACCAGGAACAGGACAUUUGAACCCCUUAAACUCCAAGACUUACCAAGUCCUAAAGAAUGUGAUACAUGAUGUGACCACAUUGUUCCCAGAAUCAUUUUACCACUCUGGUGCUGAUGAGAUCGUACCAGGUUGUUGGAAAACUGAUCCCACAAUUCAGAAGUAUCUUUCAAAUGAUGGAACUCUCAACCAAGUUCUUGGGAUAUUUGUCAACAACACUCUCCCUUUAAUUUUAUCCCGCAACCGCACUGUUAUCUAUUGGGAAGAUGUUUUAUUAGAUGACAUAGUCCAUGUGCCAUCCACAAUUCUACCCAAGGAGCAUGUAAUUUUGCAGACAUGGCAAAAUGGUCACAAUCACACUAAACGGAUAGUUUCUUCUGGAUACCGAACCAUUGUGUCAUCAGCAGAAUUCUACUACCUAGAUUGUGGACAUGGUACCUAUGUUGGGAAUAACAGUGCGUAUGACCAGCAAAAUGGGGACACGGGCAACGGUGGCUCUUGGUGUGCACCUUUUAAGACAUGGCAAACCAUAUACAAUUAUGAUAUAGCAUAUGGGCUGAGUGAAGAAGAAGCAAAAUUGGUUUUGGGUGGGGAGGUGGCACUGUGGUCAGAACAAGCUGAUCCAACUGUUUUGGAUGCGCGAAUUUGGCCAAGAACUUCUGCAAUGGCUGAGUCUUUGUGGUCUGGCAACCGGGAUGAAAAGGGUAUGAAGAGAUAUGCAGAGGCCACAGAUAGACUGAAUGAAUGGAGAAGUAGAAUGGUUCACAGAGGUAUAGGGGCUGAACCAAUUCAGCCACUUUGGUGUGUUAAGAAUCCUGGUAUGUGUAACACAUUUCAUCCAAUCUAGUUGCAUUCUUCCUUUGUAACAAAAUAACAAUUACAAUAAAAAUAAAAGGAGAACCUAUUCAAGCAAACCUUCUUUCACUCUUUCUUUUAGUAUGGUCUAUUUUGACCAACUCGUAUGUAGUUAACAAAGAAUGCUAACUUUUACAUGGGUUUUAACAAUUCUUGAUUUUCCAUUGUUGAUGUAAAUUGUAGUCUGUAAAUGGUUAAAAUUUUACCACAUGCUGCCUUAAGAAUCCAAAUUUAAACAAAAUCCUUUUGCAAUCAGAGAGAAAUUGUGACAUCUCUAAAUUAUUUUGUUUCGAAUUGGGCAUUGCAUUCAUGGUAGAAUUUGGAUCAAGAAUCAUCCUUGUGUUGUAAUUCUGAUAUGGGGUGUCAGUAACAACUAGGUUUGAGCGAGAGAGUUGAAGAGCCAGAAUUUGCGUAAGAUUAAAGUGUAAUGAAUUUUGUGGAGUUCGUUUUAUUAUCUUAAAGCAACCUCUUCCAAUUAACUUAGCGAGUAUCUCUUCUUGUACAUUUGUAUAUGCUGUCCAUUUCAUGGUUGCAUCUCAAAAUUAACUUUGUGUCACAUGAAUUCAAAAUUGAACAUAACGACUCAAAAAUAAUAGCAUCUUUACACAGCAUAAAAAAUUGCAAAAAUGUAGAAAGAGAGCUUCCAGAAUGAAGCUUGCUUACUGGUAGUAAUGGUAUCCUCAAUAUACACAGAAUUUUAGAUGCGUUAUACAAAGUUCUGUAUUCCUUCCAAAAUUUGACAAGAUACUUUUUAUUUUUCUUAUGAACAGAUUUAUCAUUAAUAUUUUAUGCUAUCCAAAAUCCAUAAUUAUCUCAAAUUACAUGCAUAUUAUAACAAAAGCACAAUUUUUUUAGGUAGAAUCAUGUUAAAUAUAUGUAGAGAAGAUGUAAACAAAAAUAAGUACUCCACAGGAAGAUAAAUAUUUUGCUCACCUUCUAUUGUCAAGGCAUUACAUCAAAUGCCUAUGCUCCAAAGAAACGGGAAAAGUUUUUCCCAAGGUUGUGGCAGGUUUUGUUUGUUGCCACCCAUCAGCUAGGUCUUACAAGAAGCAGGAAAUGUUUUUGCUGUGGAUAUUUUACCAGCAAUAACAGGUAUUCAGCAUCCUCAUAAACAAAUCUGGUAUAGAUGUCAAUCCUCUGUGUACCUGCAUCCAUGUUUACUUCAUUUCUUUCUAAUUAUUUUCAAAAGGACAAUCCAAUGAUGCAUCCAUGUUAAAUGAUGUUAGCAACUUAAAAAAACUAUAAUAGUAUACUGGCCAUAUUUUUUAGGAUUUGUCCAGUCCCAACUUGUGCAACAUCACACUAAAGUGCUUGCCACCAAAGAAUUUCAAUCACCUCCAUAUUCUAGAACUAUAACCAACUGAGCAAAGGCUUAUAAAGGUUGCAGACAAUAAAGAGAAUAAAAAUAUAAAGUGAGUAGGAACUUCUUAUUUUAACCGUUUAACAGAAAGUGAAGCUUAUUUAAGAUUGGAGAGUAGAGAUAAUUACCAUUGUUAUGAAAUGUUAUACACCUAAAUGGAUCCAAUAAUCGGUCCCUCAAACCUUGGAUUGCAUCCCCAGAAUAUACUAACUAACAUGGAUUAAAUAACUUCAUGCAUUUAGUUCCACUUAUUUGGAAAUAUAAUCAUCCUCUUGAAUGGACUUUU